AUGUCCUUUUUACAAAAUUUUCACAUAAGUCCCGGUCAAACAAUAAGAUCUACCAGAGGUUUCAAAUGGAACACUGCUAACACCGGUAGUAACACAGGCUCUGUACCACCUUCCAAGGUAAAUCCCCAUAACAAUAAUGUUAACAAUAAUAAUAAUAAUAAUAAUAAUAAUAAUAAUAAUAAGGCGGAAUUUUUCAAUACUCCAGUGAAUGAAUAUAAUGAAAGUGAACAUGGAAGGAUGUCCCCAAUUCUUACUACGCCAAAGAGGCACGUCGCUCCACCUGAGCAAGUACAAAAUGUAACCGAUUUCAAUUAUACUCCAUCGCAUCAGAAGCCGUUUCUACAACCACAAGCAGGCACUACAGUGACAACACAUCAAGAUAUCAAACAAAUCGUGGAAAUGACGCUAGGAUCUGAAGGGGUACUCAACCAAGCUGUGAAAUUACCACGUGGUGAGGAUGAAAAUGAAUGGCUAGCAGUUCAUUGUGUGGAUUUUUAUAAUCAAAUAAAUAUGCUAUACGGGUCUAUCACAGAAUUUUGCUCUCCACAAACAUGCCCAAGAAUGAUAGCGACAAACGAGUAUGAAUAUCUUUGGGCGUUUCAAAAGGGUCAACCUCCCGUUUCAGUAAGUGCCCCCAAAUACGUGGAAUGUUUAAUGAGAUGGUGUCAAGACCAAUUCGAUGACGAAUCUCUUUUUCCCUCGAAAGUCACUGGAACGUUCCCGGAGGGAUUUAUCCAACGAGUUAUUCAACCGAUCCUUAGACGAUUAUUCAGAGUUUAUGCGCAUAUCUACUGCCAUCAUUUCAAUGAGAUCCUGGAACUAAAUCUACAAACAGUGUUAAAUACAAGUUUCAGACAUUUUUGCCUCUUUGCUCAAGAGUUCGAGCUACUGAGACCGGCCGAUUUUGGUCCGCUGUUAGAAUUAGUGAUGGAAUUAAGGGAUAGGUAG